AUGGGAAUUGCAUUGAUCUGGUGCUUAGCGCUGAUCCUUAUCAAAUGGGUCGCUUCUAAGAGACGUGGAGCGAUUUCCUAUGACAGCUCUGAUCAGACUGCGUUGUACAUUCGUAUGCUAGGAGAUGUACGAGUAAGAAGUCGGGCAGGAUUUGAAACAGAGAGAAGAGGUUCUCAUCCAUACAUUGAUUUCCGUAUUUUUCACUCAAAUUCUGAAAUCGAGGUGUCUGUGUCUGCAAGAAACGUGAGAAGGUUGCUUAGUUUCCAGCGAUACCUGAGAUCUUCCCGUUUUUUCCGUGGUAUCACUGUUCCAAAUUCUUCAAAUAUUUUAGAUGAUGAUUAUAAUGGACAAGCAAAGUGUAUGCUGGAGAAGGUUGGAAAUUGGAAUUUUGAUAUUUUUCUUUUUGAUAGACUGACAAAUGGAAACAGUCUAGUCAGCUUAACCUUUCAUCUGUUUAAUCUUCAUGGACUAAUUGAACACUUCCAGUUAGAUACGAUGAAACUUCGUAGAUUUUUGGUUAUGGUUCAAGAAGAUUAUCACAGUCAAAACCCUUAUCAUAAUGCAGUUCAUGCUGCUGAUGUGACUCAGGCCAUGCACUGUUACUUAAAAGAGCCCAAGCUUUCCAAAUCUUUAACUCCAUGGGAUGUUCUGCUCAGUUUAAUAGCAGCUGCCACACAUGAUUUGGAUCACCCAGGUGUUAACCAACCUUUCCUAAUUAAAACAAACCAUUACUUAGCAACUUUAUAUAAGAAUACCUCAGUAUUGGAGAACCAUCACUGGAGAUCAGCAGUGGGGUUGCUGAGAGAGUCUGGUUUAUUUGCACAUAUGUCACUAGAGAACAGGCAGCUGAUGGAAAGCCAGAUAGGUGAUCUCAUUCUCGCCACAGACAUCAGUCAGCAAAAUGAGUAUCUGUCCAUGUUUCGAUCCCAUUUGGAUAGAGGAGACCUAUGUUUAGAGAAUGCGAACCAUCGACACUUCAUUUUACAGAUGGCUUUGAAGUGUGCUGAUAUUUGUAAUCCGUGUCGGACGUGGGAGCUGAGUAAACAGUGGAGUGAAAAAGUAACGGAGGAGUUCUUCCAUCAAGGAGAUAUUGAAAAAAAAUAUCACUUGGGUGUGAGUCCGCUUUGUGACCGACAGACGGAAACUAUUGCCAACAUCCAGAUUGGUUUUAUGACCUACUUAGUGGAACCACUGUUUGGGGAAUGGGCCCGGUUUUCAAACACCAGGCUGUCGCAGACAAUGCUCGGCCACCUGGGACUGAACAAGGCUAGCUGGAAGGGGGUGCAGAGGGAGCACUCCGGCGGCGGUGACGACGUUGACCCUGCUUUCGAGGAGAUGGACUCAGACAUAUUACCUCAGGAGCCUCGAUUGUCCUGACCUCAAUCUUCAUGACAAAACUGCCUCUUCUCUUGGUAUCUGCACGGUUGGAUUAAAGGAGGUACUUUUGCCUGCCC